CUCCGAUUGACGCUCAAACCCGCUCCCCACGUCGCGUCUACCGACCGCACAAACACCAUGGCUGCAACUACAGCAGCAGCACACCAGCAGCCUGUGCAUGGGCCUGCCUUGACGUUUCCGCGUCCCAUCUUCGCCGCUGUCGCCCCGCAUCCGUUCCUGCAGGCGCACCUUUCAGCGUCGCAGCCCUCCAAAGCGCCCCUUCGCGCCAACAGCCGCACCGCGCACGAAUUCCGAAGGGUCGGCAUCAACACCGGCAGCCUCACGCACUGCAAUGGCUCGGCCGUCGUGCGCCUGGGCAACACCUCGGCCGUGUGCGGGGUGCGCGCCGAAAUACUCCACGAAGAGCAUGUGCAAGGGACCGCCGAUUUUGCGCCCAGCACCGGAAACGAGGCCGAAGAGGACCUAGAGCGCGAGCGCGAGCGCGAGGAGAUUGAGAGCUUGCGGGUGCUCGUACCCAACGUCGAGCUCUCCACAGGCAGCACGCCCCAGCACAUCCCUGGCAAUGCGCCCUCGUCUUUUGCGCAGACACUGAUCACCCGCGUCCGGUCGCUGCUGCUGUCCACGUCCCUCGUCCGGCUUUCCGAUCUACGCAUACUCUACACCCCGCCCAGCAACCCUGACGACCCCGACGCAGAGCCCGAGCCGCAGCUGAAGGGCUACUGGGUGCUCUAUAUCGACAUCUUCUACAUCAGCAUCGAUGGCAAUGCCUUCGACGCUGCUUGGAUUGCCAUCCUCGCUGCCCUAAAGAACAGCGUUAUCCCGCACGCCUUUUGGGACGAAGACCUCGAGACCAUACUGUGCUCCGAUGACCCGUCCGAGGCGCAUCCAUUAACCCUCCGCGGACUGCCUGUCCCCUCGACAUUUGCCGUAUUUGAGGGCAAGCGUGAUUGGAACGAGAGCGGCGAAGACGAAGAGGCCGAUUGGGUGCUCAGCGAUCCGGAUGCAUUCGAGGAGAGUGUAUGCCGGGAAAGCGUCUGCGUGGUUGUAGAUUGUACUGGCGGCAACAAGGGAACAAAAGAUGGUAUAUUGAAGAGGCUGGAAAAGAGCGGUGGGGGAGUCGUGGACCGGGACGUAAUGAAAGGGUUGGUGAAGCGGGCGGUGGACCGGUGGCAAGAGGUGGAAACGGCUACCAACGCGAAGCCUUGAAAGGGUACAGAGUGAGGCAAGAUCUGAUGACAGAAAAAUAGCAAGGACUCCAGGCGCAGUUUCCGUCACAAAAGGAUGAGCGAGUGCAUGCCUGUGGCACACAGGCACUCAUCUGCUGUACAGUCGCGGCUGACCAGUUGGAGGUUUUGACUACCUCAUGUUGGUGACACAGACGCAUCGUCUUCGAAGCUUGGCUGGGUGAAGCCCUUGAUGAUGGACCCGAGGUUGUUGGUCGAGAA